AUGGCGAGGACAGCAGAGUCAGCCGCCCUCAAAGCAGAGAAGUCAUCGAAGAAGCGCAAGCUCAGCGACGUUGAGGACCCUGUCGAUCAGCAGGAAGCCGACGACAAAGCAGCGCGUAAGGCUGCUAAGAAGGCGAAGAAGGAGGCCAAGGCAAAGGAAUCAGGCGAGCCACUCGCAAGCGACAAGAAAGAGAAAAAGGAAAACAAGGACAAGAAGACCAAGAAGACGAAGUCUGAGCCCCAAACUCCCAGCGAGGAGGACGCAGUGAACGAAGAUGCUGCGAAGAUAGAGAAGAAGAAGAAAAAGGCCGAGAAGGCACAGAAGAAGCUCGAAGACGCGGGCAAGAAGCCCAAGGGAGAGAAGAAGGCUUCCAAGAAGUCCAAGGAGCAGGCUGAGGAAGACGAGGGACAGGAGCCCGAAGAUGCAGACGAACCUGAGGAUGAGUCUGCCGAGCAAGAGGAAGGCGCAGCGAAGCGCGAGAAGUUUAUCUGCUUCAUUGGCAACCUCCCCUUCACAGCGACCAAGGCCGACGUGGAGGCGCACUUCGCGUCGCUCAAGCCGAGCGCGGUGCGGCUGCUGACGGAGAAGGGCAGCGGCGGCAAGUCGCGGGGCAUCGCGUUCGUCGAGUUCGACAACUACAGCCACAUGAAGACGUGCCUGGCCAAGUUCCACCACACCGAGUUCGCGGAUCCGCAGGGCGGCGAGGCGCGGCGCAUCAACGUCGAGCUCACGGCGGGCGGCGGCGGCAAGACGGCGGCGCGCAGGGACAAGAUCACGGCCAAGAACGCGAAGCUCAACGAGGAGCGCGCGCGCCGCAUCCAGGCCGAGGAGGAGGCCAAGGCCCUGGAGGGCAAGGGGAAGUCGAAGAAGAAGGACAAGGAGGGCGGCGCCGCCGCGGAGGAGGAGUCGCAGCAGCCCGAGCAGCAGGACGAGGACUGGGUCCACCCUAGUAGGAGGGCGCAGAUGAACUCUGGCGAGGCCGACGAUGCGGACGACUUUGACAGCGGCACCCGGGGCGGGCGAGGCGGUCGCGGGGGCAGGGGUGGCCGUGGAGGCCGCGGAGGUCGUGGGGGACGUGACAGUUCUGCGAGUGAGGCGCGGACGAUCAAAGUUAGCCGCUCCUCGGACGACACCGGGCGCUCAGUCUGCAUACACUCUAUUCCUGGCUCAAUCUCAACAGCAGCGGGGGAUACUUCGGCGCAGGAGAAGAAGCCCUCGAUUAAAGUUGCCCAGUCGCGCAGCUCCGAAGUGGCAGGCAAGCUGCGCACAGUGGCCCUGAUGCGCCACGACGUGGUGAGGUGA